GCCAGCUGCAGGGGGGUCCAGUCAGUGGGAGGCUUCACUCUGGCCUGUAAGCGGAGUCACGAUCAUCCACUCUGAAUCGUGUUUUCUUUGCAUGUUUGAGCGGACACCAUGAAUAAAGGGGACGAAACAGAGGAAGUGGAGAUUGACUUGGGGGACUCCAGCGACCCAGAAGAAUAUGAAAAUGAGGAGGAACCAGAGACACUGUGGAAGGCCCCUCCUGCCCUGGAAGAGGAGGAAAACAUUCAUACGUCUACACUAGUGGAAAUCAGUGAUACCAAGCCUCUGAUUAAUUCCAGAGACCCGAGAGGUAUCAAUGACACCCUCAAGGUUACGUUUGAGGAUGUGAUCGCUGAGCCGGUGUCGGUGCGCAGCGGGGACAGAGUGUGGAUCUGGAGCAAUGCGCUGUUUGAGGUGUCCAGGGUUUGGAUUUACAGGAUAGUCACAGUGCUUCUUGCCAUCCCCAUGUCCGUUAUAUCUGGUCUCCUCUUUGCCGUCCUCAGCUGCUUCCACAUCUGGAUGGUCAGUCCCUGCAUCCACUGUGUCCUCAUUGGCACUCGCUGGCUCCAGAACCUGUGGAGCAUUGUGCUGGGCAUCAUUGUGCAACCUUUAUUCACAAGUGCUGGGAAAUGCUGCGGAGGCUUCAGCAUUCACUUGGCCAAAGAAUGAGACUGGGACUGUUUGUGUCCUGUUCUCGUGGACCUAGCCCAAGUGGAUAUUGAUUCUUAAAUAUUUAAUUAAAAAAAAGAAAGUACAGCACACAUUUUUGACAGUUAAAAUUGCUUUGAACAAAGCCUUGGUAUCAGUUUAAGUGCUUCUUAUCUGGGUUAUGUAAUUUGGAGUUUCCUGGACCUGACACAGUAACAAAAAGAAGCUCAACGCAGGAUUACUUUUCCUUUGUUUCUUUUUCUUUCUUUUUUUAUGUUCUUGCUCUGCGUGCUGUAUGCUUUCUCACCCUGAUAUUAAGAUUUCAACGUGAUUCAGCAGUGCUUGUUAUGCAAAUUUGGUUAUAUAAGCUCUCAUAAUGCUUAGCUUUUAUUUUCUACUACAAUAAGUUUAAAUUUUAAAGCUCCUCCCCAGGUAUUUCAGGAGGAGUGUAAAAAAACUAUUCAUAUGCUUUGAUUGGUAAUUAAUGUUGGAUAAAAAUUCAAUUACUUGGUUAGAAAAUGACAUUAAAAUGACACCUUCUCUGCCCUUGAAAGAUACUCUGACUCUGUGCAAGUGCGCAAACGUCCUCCCAAAAUGUAAAUGCUGGACAUGAGAUGUCGCCUGCAUCACCGAACGCCUGAACGAUCCAGGUCUCCACGUCACACAUGGGAGAGAGUUUCCUCUUUUAAAGGCGUCUGGUAGCAGUCUCUGCACAUACAUCUAUGUAUGUACGUGCAAUCACAGCAAUCACAACUAACCUAAAGGGGUUUCCAGCGCAUUUCAGUAGAACAGACAAACGCGUUAUAUUGAAUGCAUUAACCUGGGAGGAAGAAGCAAUAAAAUACAUGAUUUAAUGUUCUACUCUUCACACUCUAAUUGUUGCUUAGAUAUUUACUUACACAUUUAAAAAUCAAAUGGUCUUGCUGUGGGAACAUAAAAAAAAAAAAAAGAUGUACUUUACUUUAGUGGACAAAAGCAAGUCCCCACAAAUGAAAUAAUUCCAUUUUUGGCUGGAGGCUUGAUUUAACUGAAUUAACGUUUGAGUUAGAGGGAGAGCGAGGCAUGUUAGUAUUUCCAGCGGUGGUAGGCGUCAGUGAUGAAUGUAAAUCAGUGUAAUGUCCUUUAAAGUGAUGAAGACCGUUGUGUGUGCAUGUGUGCGUCCCGUUAUCUGACGGGACGUGUCAGCAGUGCCUUCUGUGUGUCUGACAGUCUGAGGUAGUUAUCAGUGGCAGCUGCCUGCCGGCAUUUUUUGGAUUGGAAUACCACUGAGGUGUAUUUUGGUUGAUUCACUGCCGCUCCCACAGCCGACAGGAUCACAGCCAGGAGGGACGUCCACAUCCACAACAGAGUGGCAGAGCUCACCGACACAUACGACACAUUAAAAAGAAAAGAUGCAUGAAUGGAAUGAAGUUCUUCAGACAUCAGCAUAUACAGUAUUUCUGUUUGUGAAGACUUGUAUUUACAGUAUGUAUGAAUAUGUAAAUGUGUAAAAAAUAAAUAAAUAACUCCCCACUUA